AUGGCGAGUGGCAAUGACACACCAAUGGCGGCGUCAAGCUUUGACUACGGAUCCUACUUGGACAACUUAGACAAUGAGCCUGAUGCGCAGCACGACGGUCGUCGUCGCCGACCACCACAAACAUAUUGGCCUCCUAGGCCGGAGUGGAACUUCCCACUUGACCCAGAGAAUGUGAUGAACCGGGAGGUGAGCCUUGACUCAUAUGCCAAAAAGAAUCGUGGUACAUUGCGCCACUUCUUCAAUCACUACCCUGUGAAAAAGGAUGUCUAUCCCCCUAUGGUUCACGGGCAGCCGGAAGGUGUGGUACCCAAGACCCCUUCACCAUCCAUUCCGACAAAACCGAAGUUGAAGUUGAAGAACAACAUGGUUCCCAAGACACCUUCUCCGUCUCAACGUUUCAACAAGAAGGACAAGAAGUUCAGCCCAAACCCUUCACCGGGUUCAGUGGGUUCAGAUUCAAUGAGUGUGUCAGCAGAUGGGUCACUUGGGCGUUCACUCUAUCAGGGUGGGGGCCGCACGCACAACCCAGAAGGGCUUCCGUUCUUGCAUGAUGAUGGUAUGGCGCCUGAUGAUGACAAUGACGUCGCAGAUGAAGACAAUCUGCCAUUCAAGCUGCUGCAUACCCUCAAUUAUGCUGGCUUCCGAGUUCUGAUAACGCCAGAGUCAACGCAUAGCAUGUGGAAUGACUGCAAGAACUCGAUCAGACGUGCGUGUUAUCAGCAUACUUUGCUUCUAUCCUCUACGCUCUCCAACGCAGCCCAUGGGCCAUAUGGGUCCGGCAGGAACCAGCAAAGCAUACAAGAGGCUGCUUCUAGCCUAUCAAAAUCUCUGUCGACUGAGGAGUUUGAGGAGUUGGUUGACGCUAUGCUUAGGGACCGCAACCUACAUGAGACUGACGACUAUGACAUCCCUGGAAUUCCGACAGAGCCUGCUGACAUCCCAGAACUGGACUGCGUCCGACGAUUGCCCGUCUAUGUGAAAACCAAAUCAUGGUUUGCCAGUGUGGCAGUAUUACACUACAUAUGCGACAAUUGGUCAUUGAUGGGGGCUGUGUUGGACCAUGCCCUUUCUACUGAUGAUGGAGUUGACGGACCAUGGAGAGACGCAGCUACCCACCAGCAAUCCGACAGCGACGUCCAGAGCCAAGCCGCCAGUGAAGAUGCAGACGCUGAAAAUGCAGAUCCUGCUGGUGAUGGUGGUGGUAUGGGCAACCGCCCCCAGAACAAGAAAGACUUUGAGAAGUUGCGUGCCCAAUUUCAAAACACUAUGUACUUUUGUGGGCAUCUCUACAAAGACACGUCUUUGCGGGAUGACAUGCGCAUGGUUGCGUGUGCAGUGGAUCCAUACAUAGACGAAUACUCUGCCGCUUUGCAAUGCCAAAAAUCAUCACAGGAGAACAAUUGUCAAUGGCAAGCCAGACGUAGUGGUGGUGAAUGGUUUACAACCGCUCUGAAGUCCAUCGCACAAAUCCAUGAUGACUCUGUUGUGGGAAGGUUCAUUAGCUGUGAUGUGCCUAGAGGGCGUGAACGUUAUACUGUGGAUGAACCUUGGCUUCUGGAAGAGAAAACCAGGCUUCAAGAUUUCUGGACAUUGCUAUCAGAGCUUGCAGCUGCUCGCUGCUGGAGCCAGAUUUGGUAUUCGAUGUCCCUACCAAACCCUGGCGUCCUCCAUGAAAAUCGGGAUUCCGCGCAGCUGCUGCUCAACUACCAUCGCAAGAUCUGGAAUGCGGUCCUGACAGUUGAAUCAGCAGUCAAGGGCCCGAAGCUGCCGAAAGCUGUCAGAAACAUCUUGAAACAACGGUUGUUGGACAUCUCAUGCAAUGGAUCGCAACUGGCGCGUGAGUUGUUUUUGGAAUACACCAGGCUCUCAUGGGACGCCUCAAACAAAGAGCUCUUGCACAUGACCCAACAGGUGUUUGGAGGGCCUUGUCAGACAAAGUAUCAUUUGGAAGAUCUUUUUGCGCAUUUGGCAAAAAGUCAGAAGGCGUCGCACCAGUCCACAACAAUCAACAAGUGGACCCGCUUCCUUUACGCUACAACUUUACCUUCUCUGAGGGAAACUGGAUGGAAGCAAGUGGUCACGAAAUACGAGGAUCAUUGCGAAGAGAAAGGCCAACUCUCAUCACAGAUUUUGAAGGGGAAGACUUUCAAGACUAGUGACAUCCCUUCUGAAUUGAGGACACACAUCAGUGACGCAGUGAAGCAGGGAAAGGACGAUAUCAAAAAAGCAGGUACCCUUUCCAACCAACGUGCAGCGGCUGCUACAGCGUGGGUCCUCCAGCAUGAGAAGACCAAUUUCUCUGCGGCCACCAUGUCAUGGACAGGAAUCUUCUUGAUGAAGCACCAUGUCUUUGUCAACACCAGCAAUGACAAUGUGCUGCUGUCCCUGGGGUUCAGGACGUGCGCUGCUCUUGGAAUCAAGCUGGUGACACACAACUUUGACGGAUCUGUCUACUUGACUGUUGACAAGCAUCCACCUUCAAACUAUCCGAGAUGGAUGUUCAACCACGCGUUGCCUGCGCUGGAUGACCCCAGUGAACGUGGAUGGAUGCAUUUGCCUGUUGAAAUCCUACAUCCGUAUGAAAUCCCUGAUGGUUUGCGACUGAGUCACGGGGUGGUCAUGGCAGUGACUGGGGAGCCCCAACCGUUGAUUCCAGCUGCUGUCAAGGCCGGAAUCUUCUUGACUCUGGACAAUCUGAGGAGCUUAUAUGCCCGUUACAAGUUUAAGUUACCUGACUCCGGUCGGGGCAAGAACGGCGGCUACAUCAAGAAGGAUUGGGCCGAGGCUUUUGUUCAAUUCCUUCACCCAAGCGCAUCUGACUCAGAGAAAGCAGAGAUGGUCCGUUCGAUAGUUGGCCGUGAUUGCAACCACCUUCGGAAAUCCAAGGUGUCAGUUCACUGCGCUGAUAUCCUGCGGGCCUUUGAUGGCCUUGACAAGACUGAUCAGGCUGAAUUUAGUGAUUUGGUGGCAGUUGCAAAAGAUGAGCAACUGCUGGCAGACAGAAGGGAACGCAAUUCCAGAAAGGCACAGGCUCCAAAAGGAGACAUACAGCACGUCACUCCCAAGCUUCUUCGAAAUUUGUGUCCUCCAACUUCAGCGGUACGAAUCAGCAGACACCCAGUGCUGAAAAGAUAUCAGUGUUUCUACACAGGAAAAGAUGUGGAAUCCGGUGACUAA